GUCCGAAAUGCGGAACCUUCCAUCUACAUCGACAAGUCGAGUCUGGACACAACUUCCGGGUCCGUGACACAAAGCCUCCAGCUUUAGAGUCAAAGCCAGAAAUCCUUCCAUAUAAGUUGGCGAGUCGACCUGACAUUCCCAAGGAACUAGAAAAGAUGAUCGUUUCCCACGUUGUCCACCUAUUGGCAACAAUGCCGGCGUUCGCGGAAUGGGGUCCGCGUGCUGUCAGCGAAAACAAAUGGACGGCCAAGGAGUUCACUGGAAGAUUCAGUCGCCUUGUGGAUAAGCUUCACUGCGAUCUUACUAUUGCAGCUUUCACUGAUUUCGAGAAACAAGUCGCGGGCACAAUAUUGGCUCGUAAGCUCUUACUUCUGGCUGAGUUCAAGAAAGCUGCAAGAUCAAGCCACUAUGAAUUAUUGCAACAUGUUCAGACCGAGCGAGACCAUUCGGUUGUUGACAAUGGGCCUGACGAGAGCCAAAUUGCGUUCGCGGAUAACCAGUCAAUUCAGGGCCAGUUCGAAGCAGCCUUGUCAUUCUUCCAAACCAAUUCAAGGGCUUUCGAUAAAUUCACUGUCGGUAUCAGGAGGUCCCUGUACUUUGACACGGAUCCUGCAGCUAAGUUCUCCACAAUUGAGGCAACUGUGAAGGAAGCUUACAAGACGGUGGGCUCUAGUCGCCAAGGGACUAGUACUAACCAAAAUCCCGACGUCUCUGCCACAUUUAUGAUCGACUGGGAGCUUCCCGAAUUCAUGAAAUACGAAAUGAGGAGCGGCGAGGUUGGGCCUGUCGUAACCAUCAGUGGUUCUGCCGUCUACGGUCGCGCAGUGCAAUGCUCAGCGUAUAUCGGCGAAAAUUGGGCUGAAGAAGGCCCUGCGAUUCUAGGCUGCAUCGAACGGGCACUUCGAUCGGGUUCGGGGCAAAAUGAACCGUCGGCUGAGCCUAGGUCGACGCGGAUUUAUGUGAAAAUCCCGCCAGUUGAACGCCCUGCCGAUGACCAACCCAAAAAUGAAAUCACAGGAGACUUGUCCAGCUUAGGGACACCCGCGGCUGAUCUAUCCCCUGGCGACGUGAUGUCCCUGGACGGAGACCUGGGGGAUACGCUUCAAGCACAGUUGUAUGCCAGCGACGAAUUCUCAGAAUCCCAUCAACUGACAGAAAUCACGGUUUGCGGCUCACUAAAAGCCAUUGAACAGGUGGCUUGUUGCCUCACAUGGCUCACAGCUGCCAUGAGGCGGUCCCCUCGGACCGGUAAGCUGUCUUAUUCGGAUGCCAUCUUCGAGGACCGUACCGCUCUACAGCCAAUCCUGUGGGGAUGUAGCGACGCACAGUCCAUGUACUUCGCCAUAUCCACUACAGAACUUGAGCCACUCACAGACGGCGAGCUGGGGAUGUGCUGGACGCCGCUCUUCCCUUGCUGCAUCAUUGCGGACGGAUGGCCCAUUCCAGAAAGACCAGAUUGGGUGCCAGGCCUGGAGAUACCGCUCGACAUGUUGACUUCCAUAUCUGGAGCUCGGGUUUCAGUUCGCCUCUCGUCUGGGGUGAUCCUACAAGGCGAGUCCACUGCUCUGGUGCCCGUAAGCAUGGUUUCCCUGGCACCGGGAAAGCGGCGGUGCCUCCUUUGGCACUUCUUGCAGCCAGAAGACGGAAUGAGUACCGCCAGAGUCCUCAGGGAAUUCGAAGAGAUCUACAAACUCGAAGGCAGCGACAUCAGAGAUAUGCAAAACAUCCGGUCCUUCGUGGGAUGGACAACACCAGCCCACGUAUGUCUGGGCCAUAAGGACUUUGCCUACGACGAGCUGAGACUGUGUGGCCCCGAAGAAUAUAAAGACCCGUCACAAAACGGAUGGGUACUGAAAGAAGUUAGCUUUGCAGUUCAGAUCAAGGUGCCUGCAUUCGUCAACACCGAAAUAAGAGCAACGGCCGCUCCAGCUUACACGGUGCCGGACCCACGCAAGGCCAAGACUGACCUGGGCCCCGCGAAAAUAGGAUUCGCCGGAGACUCAAAACUUAAUGCUGCCUGGACAAUGCCCGUCUUCCUAUACGAUUCCCAGGACAGACGGGCUUGGUUGGUCACCCGCGGCAGCGCCAUUCUCUUCAUCCUCCAUGCCAUGGCCCAGAGAAAGCCACCCGUCAUCCUCACCAAUAAGAACGACCAGGCACUUCCGUUUGCGGAGAUAUCUUCCGACGGAGGGGAAGCCGCAAAGAGGGCAAUUGAAGGCCUCCGCGACUUGGUUAUAUGCAAAGACGAGGACGGGGUGGCCGAUAUCCGCUUGUGGGAGGCCAUUCGGAGCAUGCACCAAGUGCUGGACAAGAUUGCGACCGCGUUCAAAGAGUCAACCGAGGGCUGUCUUUAUGGCUGGGACCUCUUCUCAAUGAUCGACCCACACGUCCCCAACCCAAUCAGGCGCCACCAGCCUCUGUCUAGCAGCAGCGGCAUCUGGCCGAGGCUGUGCGAGAAGUACCCGGUGCUCUUCGUUGACGGGCUCGGCGACGUUAUUAUACCCAGCGAUGCAGAUGGCCUCUGCACAGAGUGGAAAGCCGUGCCUCCGGGAUACGACUACCUCUGUGCCAGCCUCCACGCCCUCAACUCAAUCUGCCGUCAAUAUCGACCCCCGGACCUCCGAUACUUCCAAUGGCUCAACCCGUCCAUGCGCUUGGAAUGUAACGAGAUUUACAGUUUUGAAUUGAACAGGGGUCAGCAGAGCAUUAACCAUCACAAGUGCAUGCACAAAAACUCCAGGAAAUGCACUAUACACAUUCAGAAGCUCGAGAUCGUCAAGGACAAGGACAGCUUUAAAGAAUGGUGUCAAAAACUAUCCCGUAGGGAGCUACAGUCCAGCAAGGAGCUACCAAUAGACGGCGCCAUCGUCUUUGGGAUCAAGCCCAGGUUCGCAUGGCUCAGACGUUCAAAACAACGUGACCAGCCCAGAGAUCCACCACUGCCGCAUGUGGCGAAGGGGACGGCAGUACCUACUAACAACCAGCCCCAAGUGCACGUAGUCUUGAAAGCUCCGGGCGAAGAGGCCCCUCUCCAGCAGCGGAUUCCGCUUAACAAGGCCAUAGAGCCUGUAAGUAGGGGGUUGUGUGAUAUGUUCGCGGUCACGCUUCUAUCAAUCAUUAUUUCCUCCGUUUUCACGUACUUCAAGUUUCGGGUGUAAAUCCGCUUCAUCCGUUCGGUCCAUCACAGGGUUUGAUUUGCAGGAUAGCGCUUUCGAAAAGCAAUUGGUGGUAGCUUAUUAGCUAGUUUUGCCGUUGUCAUGGCGUUACGACUUAUGAAUUUUCUUACUUGAUGAAUGAAUUGAGAAAGGCUCUUGCAAAUAGGCAAUUGAUAACGUGGAGGUAUGGAUGACGAGGAUCAGGGAGGAAAGGAAGGAGCCGAAGAAUGAAGUUUGAGGUUCUUGGAUAAUGAAUAUGUGCAUGUGUAAUGUUUGUACUUUGUUAACGCGAAAGCAGGAGUCACGUCUAGUUAACUAUUUCGGACAUAUUUUCUUCAAUGC